AUGGAGGCUGAUAUGCCUCCGCCGACCACCACGCCUAAUCAGCAGGAUGCCGACGAUGCUAUGAAGUUCAUACUUAAGCUCAAUGACGCAGCUGCGAAUAAGCCUAUUCCCGAUGUGGCGGAGUUUCAGCGCGGCGAUUCAGAUGCAACCGCCAACAAUGUAGUGUUGAAGCUGGAGUCGGUACUGCAGAAGCUCCACGACAUGACGGAAGAUCACAAGCCAGAGGACUACAGCGACUGCCGCUUCGGUAGCAAGGCGCAUCCAAUGUGGCUACACGAGGUUCAGGAAAUGUGGGACGAAAUCGCAAACACGCUUGGGAUCGUCAAGGCGUGUUCUAACCAAAGCUUGCGCCUAAUUAUCAGGGGGAAUUUCAUUCACUCGUUUGGAAACCAAGUCCGUAUCGAUUACGGAACUGGUCAUGAGCUGCAAUUUGUGAUCUUCCUAAAGAGACUGCGCGAUGUGGGUUUGAUACGGAGUCACGAUUUAAGUGGCGUCGCGCUUAGGGUGAUGUCCAGAUACUUCCGGCUAAUCCAGCACCUGAUUGACAGGUACAGGCUUGAGCCUGCUGGGAGCAAAGGGGCGUGGGGCAUUGACCACUACCAGUUUCUGCCUUUUGUGCUAGGGUCCGCCCAGCUCAUGUCAAACGAGGCCAUCAAGCCGGGCGAGGUCGUUUUAAAUGGGUUCAAAACUCCGGAGGAAGACAAAUAUAUUUUCCUGCAGACCGUCGAGUACAUCAAGAGGAAAGUCAGGGGGAUGCCGCUAGAAAUCGCAUCGCCAAUGUUACAUGGCAUCUGCGCGUCAUGCACAUGGUCGAGGAUUAAUUCAGGGCUUUUGGAAAUGUACAAAAAUGAUAUUGCCCAUCUGACGCGUGUUCGACAUGGAUCUUAG